AUGUCGGGAUGGUCGAGUCCCGUGUUUCGCGAGUCGCUCGAGGCGCUCGAGGACCCGCACACCAGGAGAGGCUCCUUGGCCGCUCUCAGGCGAACGGUCAAAGACGUGGCCCCGGAGGUGAUGCCGCGGCUGCUGCACCACGUGGCGGAGACGACUGUGCGCCACACCAGCAGCAAGCGAUAUGCUGUGUCGCUGUUCGCGGAGUGUGCGCGCACGUACGGGCAGCAGAUGGCGCUGCACGUGCCCAAGGUCAUGACGGCGCUCGUGCGCGCCCUCGCCGCGGGCGCCGCCGCCGCCAACGGCAGCAGCAUGGCGAGCAGCGGUGGAGCGGCGGCAGCGGCAGGAGGCACGCCGGGCGGUGGCGGCGGCAGGAGCGCGGCGUCGCUGCACGCGGCGUGCGCGGACGUGGUGGUGGAGAUGGCCACGCACUGCGUCGCGCCCCCCCACGACCCCGCUGCCGACUCCGCAGCCGCGGCGGAGACUCAGAUAGUGCUGGCGGCCAUCUGCGACCCGCUCGCCGCGGAGCUGGCAGAGCAGCACCACCGCCACGUGCAGCACCACCACGCACCGGGGGCAGGCGGGGGCGGAGGGAGCGGGGCGGUGGCAGCAGGGGGCGCGGAGCAUGACGCGCUGGCGGGCGCGGCCAGGUGCCUGCUGGCGCUGGUGCAGGCGGGCAAGUGGAAGCAGGCGAGU